AUCCAUCCGAGAAAAUUUGGUUAUGACGUAGCGUACGCCCGUACACUCUUUGCGGGGGAGGGAAGGGAAUCAGGUGUCAGCCCGUCCGGGGGAGGAGUAUGUUAUAAAUCGCACGAUGCAUUUGUGCACCCAUCUGUUUCUUGGCGGGAAAUCGCACAAGAAAUGACGUGGCUGUCGUCGCGUUCAAAAACAUGUUUACUUCAACGGAGCUUCUUCAUUGCAUAAGGAUUUUGCGUCCGGAGAGCUCAGUUUCUAGUAAACCGUUUCGAAGAAAUUGUUAUGGCAACAAACAAUAGCGGAUUGGAUUCAAACUAUUUGCUUGUAAGUGAAAAGCGACGGGGAAGAGAAGAAGAGAAAGGCAUAGAGUAAGAAUUAACAGGCGCGCUAGCUAGCGAAGAGGAUUCAAGUGGAAAAUUUAUGCAGCAUCUGCGACUUGUUUACUGAUAGCUGAGGCUGACAGAGUUUUCAGUCAUCUUUUGAUCUUUUUGCACUGGAUCUACAAAAUGAAAUACAGCAGCUAUCAACAUUCUUUUGUUAUUUUUGGCUGGCUUGUUUACUGGGUUGUGGUUGAGAAAUGCGCUGCACGACAAAAAGAAAUCGGGAAUCAUCGUUUUCAGAAAUAAGCUACUCUUAGUAAGCUUACUUCGCCUUGCUGGACCAUGCGAAAAAUCUUAAGCGAUUCUGGCCUUACUUGGUGGGUUUCCGUGCUGCAUCUCGACCAGUAAGCUUGAGUAAUUUUAUUGCAUUUUAUGUGGUUUCUUUUUUCAUGUUUAUGCCGUCAUUUUACGCACAUUUGUAAGGUUUGAAUCAAUUUCUCUGACCUAGUAAAGAACUUAAAAAGUCUUAAGACAUUUUCUGACCGCGACUAGAAGAAAAAGUUCUGAAAAAUAGUUUAGUUAUCCUAUUGUUUGUAAAAAGAAAACUUUGGGCGAUAUUCUUGCCUAGAGUUCAUCGUGCAAAAUAGCAAACACGGCGAAGGUGGCUUAAAACUUAAGGCUUAAUUUAAAUCUAUUUGUGACUCAGCUUUACUCUCAAAACACGUCUUGGGGAAUAAAAAUUGUUCACCUUUAAAUGUUUCUUUGUAUUAUAUUUCUUGUCUUGAUUGUUUGUCAAGUUCUCGUUCUUACAUGAUCGCUUUGCCAGUUGUUGUUUUCAGUCGUCCUUGAAGGCGUUGGUCACGCUCUACGUCCAAUUUUUAUGCUCUGAUUGGUCAAAAUUUGACAGGUGAGUUCAUGCGGAAAAUUUAUGCAGCAUCUUGAAACUUGUUUACUGUGACAGCUGAAGCUGACAGAGUUUUGUGUCAACUUGUGAUGUUUUUAACUGUCUUUUUCUACUGGAUGUACGAAAUGAAAUUCAGCUACUAUCAAGAGUCUUCUGUUAUUCAUGGCUGUUGUCUAUUGGGUUUUUGGUUGAGAAAUACGUCGCCUGUCAAAGUCGGAAAUACGAUUUCGGAUGGCAUGGAUUCGUUUUCGUUUUUCACCUUGCUUGAUUGAAAAGUCUGAAGCGAUGUAGCUUCCAGGAGCUGCCUGAGUAAUUAUUGUAUUUGUGUUUGUUUUUUUCAUAUAUCUAAUUUCAUGAAGCCGAGCGCAGUUUAUGAGGCUAUAGUCUAUGCAUGUUUGAAUUAAGAUUUGAGAUAAUGAUCUGACCUAUAGUAUGAGGUUUGAUUUAAGCUUGCAGAACUUUAAAAAGUCUUUAGUCGAUAUUUCCUCGCCGAAAAUAGAAAGAAAAAACCGUUGCAUUUUUAUUUUGGCUGUAGAAAGAAAGCUUUGAGCAAUUUUCUCGCCUAGAGUUCAUCUUUGAAAACAGCAAACGCCGGGAAGCCGGCUUUAAAACAUAAGCUUAGGCUUUAAGCAUAAAGACUCAGGAUUCUUAGAGACACUUUAAUACUUAAUUGUCUUCGUGAAUGAAAAUUGUUGUCUCUGUAAAUGUUUCACCGAAUUAUAUUUCUUUUAUUGAUUGUUAGUAGUCUCUCUUGAAAUUUGCCGUGAAUGUUUUCAGUUGCAGGUCAGUACUCAAAACGUCGCGAGUAUUAAACGCUUGUUAAGUUUACACAUCGUUAUAAAACCAUUAAAUUAAAAAAACAAAAUAAAUUCUUUAUUAUGUUGAAGUGUAACUCUAUUAAUGUUCAUUCAAACACUAGACAGCUUGCAACUGGCUGGCCGUUAUAUAGGUGAUUUUGGAAAUAUUUUUAGCGGUUUCGCUAAAAGCCCACGCGUGCUUCGAUCGUCCUGAAAUUGAAUGAGUGUAAUUUAUAUUUCAAAACUGUGAAAUACUGCAUUCUGUCUGAGGUCUGUAUGACAAAAACAGCGCCUCAUAGUACUGUUUCACCUCAGACUGUCAGAUGUGAUGUAUAAAAAGUAUAAAAGGUUGGUUUACACGCCCGCAGAUUUGUUAGCAAGAUUUUGUAAAGCAAACUUGUCAAAAGGAAAAAAUUCUGCCGGAUUUGCUUUCCAAGUAUUUGUUUUCCAGGCCUAAUGUACUGUGAUCAAGAGCCAUUAUGGACGUCGUUAAAUGUGAUCGAAGAUGAUUGCUAUUUUUUGGGUGUACAUAUAAAGGCCGUCAACUCGAUGUAAGGUUUGGUGCACUUUUGGACUGUUAGCAAAUUAUUUUUCUCUCAAAUCACUUAGCCUUAAUCCCUCAAAACAAAAGUCACAUGAAUGUGCUCUAAAGUGAACUGAUUUGUGGAAUACAAGUUUAUUGUUUGAUUGAAAUUACAAAUUUAUUAAUGGGAGCUUCGCUUUUAGCCCUGGCUAAAUCUAUAUAUUAUCGGAUUAUUUUUUACUUCAACCUUUCUUCUUUGCACAUUUCGGGGUCUACCCGGGUCUACCCUUGUUAGUUUUCCCAUUACGAGCCGUUGCAAGUGUCUUGGAAUUAAGGGAUCGUCUCAGUCAAGUAGCACAACCACCGCGAAACGGGCUGAGAAAACAUGCUGAAGCGGAAGCCGACGUGAAGCGAGUAACUCCAAAUCUAGGUAGAUUUUGUUCCAUUUUAAACCAGAAAAGUUAAAUAAGUUUGAAUAUUGUGAUAACCUUUGGAAACAAAAUAUUUUUCAUAACCCAGUGCGGAAACUGAAAGCGUGACUUUAAAAUAAUUUGUAUGCAGUGUGUGCCAUUUGUAUGUAAAUCUUUAUGUAAACUUACGUAAGGGGAUAAAUUUGUUUGAAAUCUCUACCAAAACACAAAACCAUUAUCGAAGAUCUAGACAACAUCAUACAGGAUUUUAAAACUGUAUUUAGGGGGGAGGGGCUACUCACCUAUUCGGGAAUAAUAACCGAAAUAUGUCAUCCAACUUUAUAGAUUCUAAGCGAUAAUGACAUGAUUUACAACUAUGUAAACAUGUUCAUCGCGUUUGUCAACCCUGUCAUGGAUGUUAGACUGACCGAGGCCAGGUCUAAAAAUGGGUGUAGAAAAUAGCAUUUUGGGAAGGCUCAGAUUUGGAGAACCGGGCGGCACACAUCCACCAAGAAUUUCUAGGAGUAUUUAUAACUUAAACUUAUGUGUUGUGCUAUUUAGCGAUCUUUUGAUCUUAUUUUACCUUUCCUAGAGCUACCUAGCAUAGUUUUUACCAACGUGGUCUGUAGUCCACAUUUUAUACCUAGUCUGUGUUUUAUACCCAGUCCGCAGUCCGCAGUCCAUAUUUUAUACUGACCGAUAACAGACCAUGUUUGACCCGAGGGAAACGACAGUAAAUACCAAGCGUGGUCGGCUAUUUCGAAGAACCUGCAACCAACAAUAGCUAGCCUGUAACAGACGUUGUUUUAAUUUCUUUUUGUUCUUUUCAAAAACAUCGGGGAGCUCGCGAGCAAAGUGAGCGCGCGAGAACGAUCGCGGAGUCUAUUUUCUUCUUCCCCCGCCCCUAACCCCUUGCGCUGGGGUUCAAUGAAUCUUCCGCGGUUUAUAUUUUAGCACGCGCUCUCGACGGACUUUGAAGAGACAAUAGAGGGUCUAUGAACAGGCUAACAAUAGCAGAAGUAAAAAGCCAGUGGAUAGUUCUUGAAUUACAUACUCGGGAUUUACACAAUAAUGUCAAAAGACCUUAUGUUCGAGGCGGGUUCAAGGAACAUGGUGUAAAAAAGAGUCAUAAAUAACGAUUCUCAGAUAUUAAAUCGCAAUCAAGGCCAAGCUGAAACAUAUUUGCUGACUUCUUUCCUUAAGUCCUGGUCAAUUGAAUAUUUUAUAUAUAAAGGGGUCGCUUGUCCAAUGUAUAACGAACUUGUGCCAGAUUGAACUAGUCUUUUCAAAAACGAAAUACAAAUUUAUAUAUAUAUAUCCUUUGUAGGCAAUAGAGUUAUGAUCGUUAUUGGUGGAGAUGAUAAUUACAAGGACGAAGACGAGGAAGACAGAGAGUUCAUUUCACGAUGGGCCAAAAGAAAGAUAUCCUCGCAGUUUACCGAAGAAUUCUUGGAUGGAAGAAAAAGUUUCAUCUUCUCUUGGGACAAGGAACACAGAAAAAUUCACGAGAAAGCGUUGGUGCAUUUCUUUGACCCGAACAAGAAAGGGCAGAAGUUUGAAUAUCAUCCACCACCACGGAAGGCUGUCACAAAACCUGGAACACCCCCACGUCAAAGGGAAGUCGAUCCAGCCACGAAUUCAAGGCACUCGAAAGAGACGAAAAGUUCCUUUUAUGAACAAAAGGAUCGAAGUUACAAAAUUGGAGGAAAUAGCGGAAGCCAAGGGGCUGGGCCUCAAAGGGCUACAGGAUCGACAAUGGUUCCAAACCCUUUGAACUCACGGCCUCAAGAAAAGCUCUCCUCUAUGAUAGGGACCCCUAGGGAGAAAGGUCCAGAAUUCAGUGCUGGAGGCACUGUUAGACCUAACAUCCAAAGCCAGGAGGAUAAGCCUUGGGCAACAACGUCGCUCACAAAACCGCCCCAGGAACCUAUGGAAAGUAAGCAAAUUUUACAGUCAGUUUUUCUUUAACUGAAAUUAGUUUAAUGUAAUUUUUAACCAGUUAGCAUUAAACGUAUGUAUUUUUGUGUUCUUAUAUACGCGAGUGAGUGAAUGUAGGGGAUGAAUGAGCCCCUUGCUCUUAGGCUUUGAAACUCGUGCAUGUCAGUUCGAGCGUUAAACGUGGAAGAGAACAAGUUGAAUAAGUUGUUCAGGUGUCCAGAACGUACUUUCGAGUAGCGAAUUUUAAUAAAAAUAUAAAAAUAAUAAUAAUUUAUUUCUUAUUAGGCGCAAAUUAACAUCUGAAUAUGAUCAAAUGCGCCUUACAAAUAUAAUAAUACCUGUAAUAAUUCCGAUAAAGUAUACUUAAGAAUACCUAAAAAUUUGUAAUCUAAAAUUUAUCAAUCUAACUAUAACAGGUAAAAGCCUUCCUAAAUAAGUAAGUCUUUAUUGUUCGUUUAAAAACCAAAAAGUUAUCGAUGUCUCAGGGGCAGCUAUUUGGAAUGAUCUGUCACCCAGAGUUUUCUUUGUUUUUCCCAUGCGCAACUGCAAUAGUAGUUCUUCAGAAGAACGAAGCUAGUAUUUACAUUUCUCCUUUAAUCGAACUAGAUUGCAGAUAUAGGACGGCCCAAGUUGAUAUAUUGCUUUGAACGUUAAAACUAAGAUUUUAAACUCGAUACGGUAGGCAACAGGUAGACAAUGCAAAGGAAAUAAGACGGGUGUAAUAUGAUUAAACCUGGGAGUUGAGCAUACGAGCCGGGCAGCACUAUUUUGAAUGCGUUGAAACUUACUCAUGCGUACCGCGGGAACUUUAUAAAGAAGACUUAUUUAGCACAAACAGAUACUGACCCGGAUACUGCUGUCCUUAGUUGUCCUUCCCUUUUCUCCUUUUACCAUCAUAAUCUGGGUAGUGGGUGAAAUUCGUACUUAAUCCUUCUCCUUUAGCACAUUAAAGGUGUCACUGUUUUUCCUUUUACCUUCAGGCUUGGCGCUUCUUGGUUGUUGUCUUUCCGAGAAGGCCAUACACGCUGUAAACCAAGUUCUUAAAAGCAUUGGUCCUAAACUAAAUCUUCAUUCACAGCCAUCAGUUAUGAACCUUUCAACUGCCAAGCAAGUUAAGCAGUACCUAGAGAGACACUCUCUCCAGUUCUGUGUGUUGGUUGUGGAUGGAGAAACAGUAAAAGACGCUUAUGAAAAUCUACCCGCACGAAAAGAUGAAUAUGAAGAGCUUCUGAAAACGGCAGUGGAGAAAGUUGGUAAGAUAAUUGAUUGCAUGUGUAUGGAGAGAAAUGAACUUUUAGCACUUUUCUCAGUUUCUCAUUACAUUUGCGUACUUAUUAUAUCAGGGUUUGAACAAAAAAAAACUUGAAUCCUUAGUUUUGGGCAAUUCAAUAUGAAACCACCCCACCUCCUCUUCUCUUUCCUCGCCUUUCCUACCACUAAUUAGUUUCUUUCAGAUUAUACUUUUAGAAGGUACACAUAUCGAGAAAAAAUAUGGAUUCAGUUUUGUAACAUUCACCACUUUUACAUUGAAUGAAAACAGUUUCUUGAUUUUCUUUUAAGUCUUAUCAUUACUCUUUAAAAAACAAUUAUUUUAAUGAAACAAUUUCUUGUCGGAAGUGAAGAUGAUGACCAUGAUGCUAAAGAUGACAAGCCUUUUUAACAGUCGAUCAUCGAACAGUUUUUUAGUUAUAGAUAUGCAAAAUACCUGACAAAAUCCUGACUGCAGUCGGCACAUGAUGACUGGAAAAAUAAAAUAAUUAAAGCAAUGUAAGAUUAUCUCAAAAGGAUUAUCGCAAAAGAUAGUCUAUCAGUGGUUAAGCGUGGCGCCCACGCGAAAUGAGGAUAAGGUCUCGAAACGGGUCUUCCUGGUGUCUUAUUUUGUUUAUUUAACCUUGUUACAUAAUAGUAUUUUAAUUUAAUUAAUAUUGCUUUACUUCUUUUCAUAGCUACCAGGGUGGUUAUUUUAGUUUGCGGUAGCCUAUCUUUGCCUAAGGAAGACGAAGAGAUAAUCCAUCAAACGAUAUACCGUACGGUCAAAGAAAAAGGCAAAGGAUUUAUGGCUUGGUUAAAGGAUGGAAUACUGUCAGUAGACACGGAUGUCUUGGCGCAGCUUCUGAGUCCCAACUUUACCAUGUCGUUUGUGAUGUCUGCAAGCAGCCCUCAAGGGGUUGCUCAAGGAGAAACCAAUCUCCCCUCACAUUCCUAUGAUCAGCGACGUCACGUAGAACAGCCACCAGGAAGAAAACCCGGAUAUGGGUGGGAAAAUGAGAAUAUGCAGCAGCAACGAGUGUCUCUUCCUGCAGCUGCAACUCCAACCUACGUAUACAACACCAUAAACAAUUCUGUUAAAGGAAAAUUGGUGCUUAAAAGCAAAUUACGCUAUGGCAAUAUAUCACUCGAAUCAGCAGAUCUUGAAACGCUUUGCGAAGAAUUCUGGGAAAUCCCUGAUGAAAUUGCUCAAGGUUUUCAAAAAACACACAAACACAUCGAUGAGAAACAAGUUAAAAUUUUGUCAGUCCCAAUUCAUAACUCACACUUAGUUUACAUCGGUGACCUAGGAAUAGAGAUGGCCGACAAUGACUUACUCUUAUUAAAAACUCGUGUUAACAAUGGUUUGGUAUCUUUUCAUGCCAGUGACAUUGAGGUUCGUUAUCCCGAAGAUUGGCAAGUCCCUGAGAACAUACUUGAGGACCUGAAAAAGAACGGAUCUAACGGCAAGCUCUUUAUCAUUUUGGACGAAAAAGGAACUUUGAAAUGCACAGUAAAGAAGGCAGUAAAGGAUCGAGUAGCUGGAGCUGUGGCUUUUUUUACGUCGAAGAUAAAAUCAUCAAGUAAAACAAAAUUUGCUUAGCCAAACUCAAAAGAUGGUGGCUUUGUCCAGGCUCUCAAGGAUGAUCAAGUGUGACACUUGUCAUGAACGUUAGUGAAGAAAACCUGGAAUAUUUUAUUUCUUUGUUUAAUCUCAAGUCUGUUAAAGUUUAGCAGACUAUGAAAGUGAAGCUUUCAUUGAUGUUUUGGGGUGGUGCAGUUAGUGAAAACAUUCUAUGGAACGCUAUAACUGUGUUAUAAUAGGUUUAUGUUCUUAUCUGUGGUGCUUCUUUCGUAAAACGGAGUCUUUUAGGUAAAAAAUGUGGUUUUAGUCUUCUCUCUAAAGUCACCAUAAGCCAAUCAUGACUCACGAUUUAAUAGCUACGAACUUUCGCAAAAAUCAGUUUAGUCAAACAACAAACAAACGGUUUUGUUUCUGGCUCGUGUUCCUGAUGCCGGUUUUUGUAUGGGUUUACCUGUAUAAUAAACCAUAGGUUUUUGACCAAUCAGAUCGCGCGUACUAUCUCUUUCAGUUAUUUCAUAAACCAUCAUAUUCAGUGCUCUGGUCGCUAUAACUGGUGCCAGUGACCUUAUACUGGGCUCUUUAUGCAAGGUAAUCGGUACUUUCCACAUUAUACCCGAUAUGCAAGCCAUUAUACUCACUGCUAACCCCUUUAUACUCGGUGCGUUUGCCAUUAUAUUCGGUGCUUAGAUCAAUUUUAGUGGUGUGGGUUCUUUAUACUUGGUGGCUAGUUUCCCAUGCUCAGUGCUUUUUCUGUAGUCAGUUUGCACCCAGACUGUGAGCUGUAUCUCUUUUGCUCUAAAAUCUGUGAACGAGUGCGACAAAAUUAUCACUGAAUUGUGCGAGUAUGCGAGUUGUGCGGCUGUCAUUAAUUAAACAGUACUGUACAAUACCUACACCGAUCACGGAAAACAAGGGUAAACUAAACAUUAUCUGGAACAAUGCGACUGCUUAAUGCCUCACGGAUUCUCAACGAACUGAGAUACUAAGAUUAACUCAGUCGCGUUCAAAGUGUUGCAACUGAACUAAAAACCUUAAAGGAGAUAGCUCCUCACGAUUGUCGGUAUAGUUUUUAACAAAAUAUCAUAUUGCUCUACCCAAUUAUCUUUCAGUUUUCCACAAGAAGCCUUAAAAACUAAGGGCAUCUUUAUUCCCUAAGGACUGGAGUGGUCGAGAACGCUUUGGAAACUAGCGACUAAAUAUAGACAAAAAAGGAGCCUCAUGUACCGUCAACUCGUGAGAACCUCGAUUCAUGCAUAAUAAUACCUGAGUGACCACGUUAUCUUCCAAACUACCGGAAGGUCUGAGUUUUAAUGGAUUUAAAGUCUUGAAACAUUGAAGGGUUUGAAAACUGUUAAAUUUUGCACGUUUACACCCAAAUUAGCGUAGCCUGGUUUACAGAUUUGAAUCCCUUUUCUAUCUUAUUAUUUUCCUUUGUGUUUUAAACUAUUUUCUGGACCGGCAUAGAGAGAGAUGGUAUUCGCUUAAACAAGUUAAAGGCUUAAGAGAUUGUAGAACAGGUUGGUUAAAAGAAAUGCGAAAGCAUUACAUAAAGAGACGACAACUGGAAGUUUUGUACAGUAUUUCAAAUGAUCAUAUUAUACAGUUGUGCAAAUAGUGAUAGGUUAUAAUUAUAUUGUGUUGUAGAAUCAUGUUUAUUUAGCUUGGUAAGAAACAACCGCUGUUUAGUCAACGUGAUAACAAAAGAAUUAAUGAAACCAAGUAGCUCGUUAAUGGGCGGCAAUGCAUUAAUGCAUAAGCACUUCCUAAAAGACCCACCGGUCUUAUUUGUCACGUGUUUGCAAUCGACUGCAUAUAAAAGGAGUUCUCAUUAUUUUUCAAACCUGAAAAAGUUUUCUUAAAAUCAAAGGAGACCUGU